UAGUUGAUGAAGUGUCAACCAAACGCGUGUCGUCCAUGUUCCGAAUGUGGUGUGACUUAUUUUUGUUUUGUGUUAAUUUUCAAUGUAAUAGUUAUAAAUGUGAAAUGCUCCAACAUGUGUUAUCCCAUAUAGUUGAACCUUGUUCAGGCUGAAUGGAUCCCGCCGUCGCGUGGUAUCAGCCCGAGCAGGAAGGACCCGCGAAGCGACUCUGGCUUCGUAUUUGGGAGACUCAAAGUGACAUAGACAAAAUGAACUUAAAAAAUUUAGAAAAUUCUAACCCCAAUGUGAAUAAAGCCCCAGACUUUAUACCAAUUAAUGACGUUAAUGGUGAAAAUAGGAAUAAUAAUUACUUCAACCCCGCGCGGAGGAAAGUGAACGACAACCGCGCAUCUACGUUUAACCUGAACAAAAACCACGAUGCGCUCAUAGGUGAAUACGGCGGCUGCCCUUGGAGGCUGGCUAACUACAAUUAUAAGCCUGGCAUAUUGGGGUUGCACGAGGAGAUCGAGCACUUCUACAUGUACAUGUCGCCCUCGGAGACGGAGCACCUAGUGCGCAGUACGGUGGUGACGCGAAUCCGCAGCGCCAUCCUCGCGCUAUGGCCUCAAGCGCGCGUCGAGGUGUUCGGCUCCUUCCGCACCGGACUCUAUCUGCCCACUAGUGACAUAGACCUCGUGGUCAUCGGUAAGUACCUCAAAACACACAUGCUUUACUCCAAUCACUAGUUUAUGUUAUUGUAU